AUGGCGGAGGCUCCCACGACGCCGCCGCGGAAGCCGAAGCCGUCGAUGUCGCGCCUCAUGCGGCUGUCCCUCAAGUUCGUGGACAGGUUGACCGACGCCACCCGCCGGGCAGACGGGACGCUGAACCGCUGCGCGCUGUCGCUGCUGGACCCGCGCGUCCCGGCCACCUCCUCCCCUUGCCGCGGCGUGGCCUCCCGGGACGUCGUCCUCGACGGCGCGCUCCGCCUCCGCGCGCGUCUAUUCCACCCGGCCACGAAGAUGGCGAAGUCCACGGCCCCCUUCCCCGUGAUCGUCUUCUUCCACGGCGGCGGAUUCGCGUACCUCUCCGCGGCGUCCGCGGCCUACGACGCCGCGUGCCGCCGUAUGGCGCGGUACGCCUCCGCGGCCGUGCUCUCGGUCGAUUACCGCCGUGCCCCGGAGCACCGGUUCCCGGCGCCCUACGACGAUGGGGUCGCGGCGCUGCGCUUCCUCGACGACCCCAAAAACCACCCCGCGGCCAUCCCGCUCGACGUCUCCCGCUGCUUCGUCGCGGGCGACAGCGCCGGCGGCAACAUCGCCCACCACGUGACCCGCCGUUACGCGUCCGACGCCGCCUCGUUCAGGAACGUCCGCGUCGCCGGCCUGAUCGCCAUCCAGCCUUUCUUCGGCGGCGAGGAUCGGACGCCCUCGGAGCUCCGCCUGGACGGCGCCGCGCCCAUCGUGUCCAUCGACCGCACCGACUGGAUGUGGCGCGCGUUCCUGCCGCCCGGCUGCGACCGCACCCACGAGGCCGCCAACUUCGCGUCCCCAGCCGCCGCCGCGGGCCUCGACUCGCCGGCGUUCCCGCCCGUGCUGCUCGCCAUCGGCGGCUUCGACCCGCUGCAGGACUGGCAGCGCCGGUACGGCGAGAUGCUCAAGAGCAUGGGCAAGGACGUGCGGGUGGCUGAGUACCCCGACGCCAUCCACGCCUUCUACGUCUUCCCCGGGUUCGACGACGCGCGAGACUUCAUGAUAGGCAUCGCCGAGUUCGUUGCCGAAAGCGCCAGUGGCGGAAGUAGUAGCGACUAG